AAUUUAACUCAUAUCAUUUUACACAUGUUUUUAUUCCCAAUCUUCAUAUUCAAUAUAAAAUGAGCCACUUUGAUGAAGACAUAAUGGACCUCCCUACCCUUAAGACAAUGGUCCUUGUUCAUGGGAUUCCUAUAGGAGCAGGAAGUGCAGAAAACUGGGAACGAGUGGAAGAAUUCCAAGCUAGAUCUGAUGAUGUGAUCAUUGCAACCUAUCCUAAAGCUGGAACUACUUGGGUGAGUGAAGUUGUAGACAUGAUAUACUGUGGAGGAAAUCCUGAAAAAUGUCGACGAGACACCAUAUAUAAUCGAGUACCUUACUUAGAAUUUAAAAUUCCUGACAUGCCUACAGGUGUAGAAAUACUUAAAGACAAACCAUCCCCUAGACUUGUGAAAACACAUCUCCCUAUUCAGCUGAUGCCGGAAUCCUUCUGGGAUAACAAGUCAAAGGUUAUAUACGUCGCCAGAAAUGCAAAAGAUGUGGCCGUUUCCUACUACUUCUUCCACAACAUGGUGAAAGCCAUGCCUGAUCCUGGACCAUGGGAUACAUUCUUGGACAGUUACAUGAAAGGAUAUGUGAACUAUGGUUCCUGGCAUGAUCAUGUUAAAGGCUGGUGGGAAAAAAGAUAUGAAUAUAAUAUCCUUUAUCUUUUCUAUGAAGACUUAAAAGAGGAUCCAAAGAGAGAAAUCAGAAAAAUGCUACAGUUCCUGGAAAUAGAUAUGAGUGAAGAUAUUAUUGAGAAGAUUGUUUACCACACCUCUUUUGAAGAAAUGAAAAACAAUGAUAUGGUCAAUUACAAAACUUUACCAAAUGAGAUACUUGACCAGACUACAACUACCUUCAUGAGAAAAGGUUUAGCUGGUGACUGGAAGAAUUAUUUUACUGUUGCACAGAAUGAGAAGUUUGACGAACACUACAAGAGACAUAUGUCAGGCACAAACUUAUGCUUCAGAACUGAGAUCUAAUGUAUUUUUCCAUUUCUGUAAAAUAUAAUAAACACGCUUAAAUGGUCUGUAUAAUACAUUCAUGACAUGUCUUAAUAUACAGUAACAAUAUAAUUAGAAAAAAUAAAUUGUAUGUGAUAAUACUUACCAAAUGUGUCACAUAUUUUUGUCUUAAUAAAAGCAUUUACAAAAAAAACAUUUUCU